UCGCGACGAGCGGACACAAUGGCCACUUCAGCAGCAAGACCCAAAAGGGCAGGCGAAGACUUCGCCCGCUCCCACGAGCAUACUUCGAAGAAACCUCGCUUCGACGCCCGCAACCCCAGCACCCUCGCCCCCGAUGCGCCGGAAGAGGACCUCAUCCUCGACGCCGACGUAAUCGGCAAAUCCGGGCCGCAGAUCAAGCGCAACGCCGUCAACAUCGACGGGUAUGAAUCCGACUCGGAUAACGACAAUUUUGACGCCCGGGCUGCAGAGCGGGAGCGCAGGAAGAAUGGCGGCGCGAAUGGAAGUGGGAGCGGAGCUAGGAGUAAGGACGAGGAGGAGGACGACAUGUUCGCCGAUAUGGAAGAAGCAGUGCAGGGGACAGCGGAUGGGGAUGAGGAUGAGGAUUUAGCGCGAGAGGGCAAGAAGAAGAAGAAGGACGUACGGUUUUUGGAUCAUUCGGAGAUAGAAGGACAAGUUAUGAAUAGCAAAAGCGGCGGGCACGUUUCUUCUGAACUACUUCUCGGACAGCAGCAGCAGCAGAAGGGCAAGCGUCGAGCCCCGUCCGUGGAAGAGAGCUCCGAAUCCGGGUCGGAUGAGGAGCGGGACAUGCUACCUGCGGAGAUGGAGGACGAGCUCGCCGCAGAGAUUGGCGCCGGUGGCAAGAAGAAGCAUGCGCCGCGGCUGGAUGCCUUUAACCUCCGCGACGAAGAGGAGGAAGGCCGCUUUGAUGAGUCGGGGAAUUAUGUGCGUAAAGCUACGGACCCGGAUGCGGUGAAUGAUAGCUGGUUGGACGGGCUUAGUAAGAAGGAUAUGCGGCGGGCGAGGGAGGCGCAAGAGAAGAGGGAUGCGGAGGUGAGGAGGAAGGCCGCGGAGGAUGAUGCUACGUUGACGAGUGAACUGUUGGGGAGGUUGAUCGCGGGGUUAGAAACGGGUGAGACUGCGUUGGAGGCGCUGCAGAGGUUGCAGAAGGGUAAGAGUAAGGGGAGGGAGACGAAGGUGCCGAAGUGGAAACGGAAGAAGGGAAAGAAGGAUGACAUGGAUGUCGAUCUGCCUGCCGCUGCUGCUGUGAAUGGUAGUGGCGUCGCUGCAGAUCCAGCAGAAACCGCGCGCAAGACCAUGGUAGACGCCAUAACAGGCGCAGCAGACGCGCUGUACUCCCGCGGCCAACACGAAAUCUACGAUACCGAGCGUGAGCUACUCAUGCGGCAAUACAAGCGCGAGACGGGGGAGGACUGGACACCACCAGCGAGCGCCGUAACCGACUCAUCGACGGGCGACGGUCCUGUCAAUGGUACGGAAGACGCCACAUCGCAAUGGGAGUACCGCUGGAGCGAUGCACGCGAUGGCGGCGCGCUUCACGGUCCUUACGAUGCCGCCACCAUGAAGGCAUGGCAAGAAGCGGGCUACUUCGGCGAAGGCGUCGAGUUCAGACGAGUCGGCAGCACGAGUGAUUGGAGUCGCGUGCUCGAUGUGAGCUGACCUUGAGCUCCCUCUCGCACACACAUCGUCGUCAUAUCUGUAGAAA